AUGGAACGACAACAUAGCAAUUCGUCCAAGCCAAGUAUGAACAACAAUAGUAAAGAAUGCGGUAUUAAAGACACGGAAUUUAAUGAAAUACUCGUCAUGACACCUGCGGAAACCAAAUUAGAAAAUCCCGACGAAAAAAUGUACAAGAUCAACAUUCAAAGGUCACCUUGGGUGGCAAAAUACUUGAAAUACUUGAAAUUUCCUUUAAUAACGAAAGAAAUUGAUCGGAAAACGCUAGGAAAAAGUGUUUCGCAAGACACGUGUUUGACUGUGGCCAGCGAUGGUAUUGAUUCCAGUCGCUCUGAUAUUUCAACGCCAAACCAUCAAGUCAAUAUGAAUGAGAAAGUUUCCCAGUUCUUAGAUUGGAAUGAUAAAUGGAUUUCAAAACAAAGCAAUGAAUAUUACGAUAUUUUACCGAAUGAGUCGCUAUCUCGCUUGCCGAGCGGUCUAGACGAAAACAAUCAUGACUCAAGAGACAUAAAUGACAAUAUACCGUGGUCAAACUCGAACCAUGUCUAUUGGGACGAAGACGUGAAAUAUUACAGAUACCCAUUGGAAUCGUCGUUAAGUACAAUAGACAUACGUUCAGAUCAUUCUAAAAUCAACGAUAUUCCUAGGAUACGGAGUCAGCCCUGUUUACUGGAUAAUCACUUUACGGAGUCCAAUUCCAGCUUGAAAAAACCGAAAAAUACGUUAGAUACAUUUUGGAAAGAAAUAGGUGAAAUAGAAAAUUCUUUUGGGUAUUCGAGUGAUUCCGACACGAAAAAGAAAUUUAAAAAAAAUGUAAACGACUACUCAGGCUAUAAUAAAUAUAAUUCAAAUAAAUUAACGAAUAUUAAUGGAAAACAGUCAAACAUCAAUCAAGAAAAAAACAAUUUGAAAUUGUUCAAGAAAGAUUCAAGUCAAAAUCAAUUUAAAAAAGAUCAUACUUCGAAGACUUUAAACAUUGAACCCCAUCUUAAUAUUGAUAACCACUCGACUUCGAAAUGUCACAUUUGCGAUUGUCCAGAUUCGAUUUCUAAACGGCAAUGUAUAGGGGAUUUGAGACCAUCAACUGAAAAUGGAAAAUUAGCCAAGAGUGUCAGUCAAAUCAAACACCGACCGGAUCAUAACAAGCAGACCCAGAAAAUUAACAAUUCUUUCGAAAAAUCUAAAAAUGACAGUCAAACGUUUUGUGAACAAUGUCGUAAUUGUUGUCACUCCAACAAGAAGAAAUUAGAGGACAAUAAAACCGAAAAUGCUUUAUUAGCAAAACGAAAUAAAAAGUUACGUGAACUAUUAGGGUUAAAACCAGAAGAGAAAAACGUAUUGGUUAUGUUAAAACUAUAG